UCCCAGAGACCGGCAGCGUCGCCGCUCCGGCUGCAGCAUGGCGGCGGCCGUGCGCGCGGCGGGCUGUCUCUCUGCCCUCUGUACCGUGCCGGCAGGUCAUUUCCUGUCUAGGCAGCUAUCUUUAAACACCUUUCCAGCAGCAGCUGCUUCCUUUUUGGCAGUGAAGACAGCUCUUAGCCACGGUUCUUUGUUACCAAGGGGAACAAGGCACAACCAUUGUCUGGCCAGCUUGAGCCAUGCACUGCAGUCACAGUGCUGUAUUUCCUGUCCCAGCAACUGGACAGGCCAGCAGUACAGACCCUACAGCUUCUUCACCAAAUUGACUGCAGAAGAACUCUGGAAAGGUGCGUUAGCAGAGACUGGCGCUGGAGCAAGAAAAGGCAGAGGCAAAAGAACAAAGAGAAAGAAGAAAAAGGAUUUGAACAGAGGCCAGAUCAUUGGUGAAGGGCGUUCUGGCUUUCUGUGGCCUGGUCUGAAUGUACCUCUUAUGCGAAGUGGAGUAGUCCAGAACAUUGGCCAAAGAAGCAAAGAAGAACAGGAGAAGGUGGAGGCCAACAUGGCCCAGCAGAGAGAGGAGUGGGACCGGAAGAGGAAGAUCAAAGUUAAACGGGAACGUGGUUGGAGUGGACACACAUGGGGCGGUGUCAGCAUUGGUCCCCCAGACCCGGGACCCAAUGGAGAAACAUAUGAAGACUUCGAUACCAGGGUUCUCGAGGUAAGAAACGUUUUCAAUAUGACAGCGAAAGAGGGAAGAAGGAAGUCGAUCCGUGUCCUGGUUGCUGUGGGGAACGGAAAUGGGGCUGCAGGUUUUGCUGUUGGGAAAGCUACUGAGCGGGCAGACGCCUUCAGAAAGGCAAAGAACAGAGCUAUUCAUUAUUUGCAUUAUAUAGAACGAUAUGAAGACCAUACAAUAUUCCAUGAUAUUUCAUUAAGAUUUAAAAGGACACAUAUCAGCAUGAAGAAACAACCCAGAGGUUAUGGCCUCCGCUGCCACAGGGCCAUUAUCACCAUUUGCCGUCUCAUUGGCAUCAAGGACAUGUAUGCGAAGGUCAGUGGGUCCAUGAACAUGAUGAACCUCACCCGGGGCGUCUUCCAUGGACUUAGCCGUCAGGAAACCCACCAACAUCUGGCGGAUAAGAAGAGUCUCCAUGUGGUGGAGUUCCGGGAGGAAUGUGGCCCUCUGCCUAUUGUAGUCGCCUCCCCACGGGGGCCCUUGAGUAAGGAGCCGGAGCCUGAGCCCGAGGUUCCCGACACCAAACUGGACUGGGAAGAAGUGAAGGCCAUGCAGGGGAUGAAGCACUCUGUGUGGUCUGACUUAAAGAGAUCCGCCACCUGAGCGCCCGCAGCCCGGGCCAGCCGGUGCCUGGAGGAGGCUGUCCCUCACCUUUUGUUUUCUUAAAGAAAUCUAACCGUUUUUCAAAUAAAUAAUUAUAGAUUUGGUUUGCUGA